GAGCCGUAUAUUAAAAGCGUGAUAGUGGAGUUAUUGGUCGGUUGUAUUUGUUUUCUUUUUCUGUUUUCACUCUUCAUUUUAACAUGGCCAGGUGAAGCGUGGCGAGGCAGGAGUUUGAGGAGACGGCAGCCGCGGGCGGUGAGUCAGCGGGCGCCCGGGACCGGACUCCAGCUGCCGAGAGCCUUCCCCUCUCCGCCACCGGGAAGACCUGGCCGGGCCGGCGGCCGCGGGAACCGAGGCAACCGCGCCGCAAGACGACGAGGGGAACCAAGCUGCAGCGUCGCCGCAGACUGGACUUAUGCACACCCCUCUCACCCUGCCUGUGAACCUAAAACACUGAGUAGUAGGGGACAGGCUGGGGCAGCCUCACCCUGGGGAACUGCGGGCCCGCAGAAGCGCCGGCUACCUGCGGUUCCCGCCUCCGAGCAUGGACGGCUUCAUCCGUAGUGGACUGUGAUUUGGGAGAAGGUUGGCGCUGGAUUUUUGAAUUCCAACUUAUGCCCAGAAUGCUCCGUCAUCUCCCAACUAGGACGGACCAGACAGUACAGAGAAGCGGACCCUGGUAGUUCCGGAACUGCAUUUUUCAAAGGAUUCUCUUUGAGCUUUGCACGCUGCUUCAGGUAGGGAGGCCUCGGAGCACCGGGGCGCGCAUCGAGUGGAGAGUCUCGGUGGCCCGCGCGCCUCCCAGCUAUGUCACCUCCGGUGCCCUGUGCUUCCUUCGCGUGGCCCUCCAAGGGGCCCCAAGACUGGCCAGGGUUGUUUCCUGCCUGUGCACUCUUUCUCACACCCAAUCAAGCUCAGCCCUUUUGACUCCCAGCUCCAGCUCACCGCCUCUGCCUCUGGCCAGGGGGGCCCUGGAGAGCUGGACCUCGCCCACCCCGCUGGGACCAUGGUGUUUCUCUCCGGAAAUGCUUCUGACAGCUCCAACUGCACCCACCCGCACGCACCAGUGAACAUUUCCAAGGCCAUUCUGCUCGGGGUGAUCUUGGGGGGACUCAUCCUUUUCGGGGUGCUAGGGAACAUCUUAGUGAUCCUCUCCGUGGCCUGCCACCGGCAUCUGCACUCAGUCACGCACUACUACAUCGUCAACCUGGCAGUGGCCGACCUCCUACUCACCUCCACGGUGCUGCCCUUCUCUGCCAUCUUCGAGAUCCUGGGCUACUGGGCCUUUGGCAGGGUAUUCUGCAAUAUCUGGGCAGCAGUGGACGUCCUGUGCUGCACUGCGUCCAUUAUGGGCCUCUGCAUCAUCUCCAUCGACCGCUACAUUGGCGUGAGCUACCCGCUGCGCUACCCCACCAUUGUCACCCAGAGGAGGGGCCUCCGGGCUCUGCUCUGCGUCUGGGCACUGUCCCUGGUCAUCUCCAUCGGGCCACUGUUUGGCUGGAGGCAGCCGGCCCCCCAGGACGAAACCAUCUGCCAAAUCAACGAGGAUCCCGGCUACGUGCUCUUCUCCGCACUGGGCUCCUUCUACGUGCCACUGGCCAUCAUCCUGGUCAUGUACUGUCGGGUUUAUGUGGUGGCCAAGAGAGAGAGCCGGGGCCUCACAUCGGGCCUCAAGACUGACAAGUCGGACUCAGAGCAAGUCACUCUACGCAUCCACAGGAAAAAUGUCCCCACAGGACGUGGUGGGGUGAGCAGCUCCAAGAACAAGACACACUUCUCCGUGCGGUUGCUCAAGUUUUCCCGGGAGAAGAAAGCAGCCAAAACGCUGGGCAUCGUGGUCGGCUGCUUCGUGCUCUGCUGGCUGCCCUUCUUCCUGGUGAUGCCCAUUGGGUCGUUGUUCCCUGAUUUCAAGCCCUCAGAAACAGUUUUUAAAAUAGUGUUUUGGCUCGGAUACCUGAACAGCUGCAUCAACCCCAUCAUCUACCCAUGUUCCAGUCAAGAGUUCAAAAAGGCCUUUCAGAAUGUCUUGAGAAUCCAGUGUCUCCGCAGAAAGCAUUCUUCCAAGCACACCCUGGGCUACACCCUGCAUGCCCCCAGCCAUGCGGUGGAGGGGCAGCACAAGGACACGGUGCGCAUCCCAGUGGGAUCUGGGGAGACCUUCUAUAAGAUCUCCAAGACCGAUGGGGUCUGUGAAUGGAAGUUUUUCUCUUCCAUGCCCCAUGGAUCUGCCAGGAUUGCAGUGCCCAAGGACCAAUCCACUUGCACCACUGCCCGGGUGAGAAGUAAAAGCUUUCUGCAGGUCUGCUGCUGUGUGGGGCCCUCAACCUCCAGCCUUGGAGAAAACCACCAAGUUCCAACCAUUAAGAUCCACACCAUCUCCCUCAGUGAAAAUGGGGAAGAAGUUUAGAGGAUGGGGAAGGUCACAGGGAAAGGGAUGAUUCUAGAUGCCUUACCCCUUCCUGCUCAAAAGACAGCUCACCUUGCUUGGAGGAAAAGAAGGGAGAAAUCAGCAAGGUUACCAUCUGGGCAAUGAAUGGGAGAGGAGACCCAACUCUUCAGGGAAUGCAUGGGGAACAGGAAAGAGGUUGGACACCUCACAGCCAACAGGUUUGGCAUGACUCUAGAUGACAAUCCCCUGACCUGACUCAUUUGUCUUCUAAGCCUGCUUUCUACAACUGUCCCUUUCAACAAAAAAUACCAUGGGAAACAGAAUCGCAUACACAACCCGAAAGAAGAUAAAUAUAGGAUUAUGAUGUCAUCGUCAAUAUUUUGAGCGUAUACUCUUAAGUUUGGAGCUAUUUCUUGAUGAAAGUAAAGGAACUUUAUUUUCUAGUGAUGCCACUUUUGACAUUUAUGGAGCGAGACCCCAAAGAGGAUUGUGAGGUGGUGGCCAACACCCAGGCCCAUUACUUUUAGGAUCAGUUUUAAAAUGCUACUGUUUCUCAUACAUCCAGUUUCUCAGCUUGGGUGAAACAGAUAGUGAGAUUUCCCUUUGGCCUCAUUUUGAUUGGAUGCUGUCCUUAACUCCUAAAGAUGAGGGUGAGGAAUAUUCUUCUUGCAGAAUGAGAAGAAGGUUCAUGUUCUACCCUGAGAAACUUUUGGUCAUCAUAUAAGAACAAUGACAUUUGUAUCCAUGGAAAGCUGGAGAGUGCAGAACCACCUGGGAAGAGCAUGCUUUUCCCUAGAGAUUAUGACAGAUGUGAGGCUCAUCUUUGCAAAUUAACUGCUAGGGCCCUAAAUCCUUUCGGUGGUUCUGAGAGCAGAUGUGGGAGGGCUUCUCCUGUAUCACAUUGAAAGAUCAGCAGGUUGAGGGUGCUAAUUUCAUGCUAAGCUAGCAGCUGCCAAACUACUCCAUAGCCUUUUGGAUGUGGUGUAGAAAAGCCUUUCUUGACAAAUUACUUGCCUUUCCCAGAGCUCUGUUAUGAAAACCUAGAGCUUAUAUCUCAAAAGGCAAAAUGAUUAACUUCCAUUUCUCACCACCUGCUUCACUCCUGCAUCAUGAAUAAGGUUCCCCUGUGACACAUUGGAAUGAGCCUUAAGACCCAGGGACACCCUUCGUGGAUCUGGAAGGAUGCUGAUCUUGGACACACACUGACUGGUCACCAAAGAACAGCCCAAAGUGGGGAUUUGCAGUCAUUUUUUGGCAGAAAAACAUUCAUUCCAGCAAAAGAUCCCAUAACCCACUCUAAUUCAUCCAUACUACUCUUUCCAGGAACUUGGGCAAUGUCUCUUGCUGCAUAGCUACCAAAUUUUGAUAAACUUUAAUAACUCAGAUUAUUGCUAAUGAUGACAACAUUAACUAUAUAUAAAAUUAAAAUAUGCAUGUUAUCCCACCAUAAGAAUUUAAAAUAUGAUUAAUAUUUUUAUAACAAUUCCUGCCCAAAAAAAAGUCAUUGAUUUAAAACUGCUGGUCAUUUCUAGGGUCCCUUCCCUAUUUCUAUAAUUUCAUCCAGGAAUUUCGAAGCAGCUUGGAGGUGUUAUAUAGCUUUCCAGCAAGAAUCAUGGCCCAAUCAUCUCUCUUUUAGCAAAAUAGUUAUUUCCUUAAGUCUUGCUACAAGCAGAUCUCCUUUAACCUUGCUGUGGAGGAUAUGUUUUUAUAUGGAUGUAGGUUUGUGAGUGACAGUGUUUGAGCUUUGGCUGUGGCUGCUUUCUCAGCUUUCUGGAUAGUGUCAUAUUGAUGAGAGAAAUACAUACUUGACCUUGUCGUAAGAAUGUGGAUUCUGGCCCUUAGAAGUUGGCUGGACUUUUAGACUCCACAAGUCUCUCAGCACGGCCCAUACCAGUCUGGGUAGAGGUGGGGUCCUAGUCUAGAGGCAGGCAUGCAGGGAGAACUUGAAUAUUAAAGCCCCCUGGUCCUUUGCCUUGGCAGGAAAGAAGCUCUGUCUCUGAGAAGAGCUUCUUUCUGAUUCUAAAAAUCACUCCUGGCCUUGACUUGCCCUUAAGAAAGAUCAUCUUCCUGGGAAGAGCGGCCAUAACUUAUCACAUAAAAUGUGACCCCCUGUGAGGCAUGAUUAGUAAACACCUUUAUGGAUAACUUUACGUUGUAGAUGUGGGAAAGUUUAUGCGCACCGGAAAAUGAGCGUUAAUGCCGCUUAUAAAAACAAACAGCUAGAAAAUCUUUUGGUCAUCAGAUAAGAAGCAUAACAAUUGUAUCCAUGUAAAGCUAUCCAUAAAAAAAUUGUCUGUUCCAAUCUUCCCCAGCCCUUCCCUCCAGGGAGGUAAACUUUUAACAUUUUUUGCCCUUUUCCCAUAGCAUGAUAUUGGGUAUAAACAUGCCAACUUUACAAAAAAAAAAAAAAAAAUUGACAUUACCCGGAAUUUGGUGAUAAAUUGAGAUAAACAAUACACAAAUUGAGUUGCUUUUCACUCACCCACAAAAACAUCUGUACCUCUAUGCAUGCCAAAAAAAAAAAAAAAAUCUAAAACUGUUACAGCUAAACAAAUGAUUGUCAUAUUUAUACUCACAUGUUUACUGCUUCUAUUUGGAGCUGGAGGAAUUUACCCAGAGUAACAGCGGUUAAAAUAUCUUCUCUAAUGUGUUACAAAAAGCCAUUGCUUUGGAAUUGCCUGAACGUGACAGAAGUCAGUGCCCUUAUGGGGUGGGCAAAACUUGAGUUUAUUCUGCAAUGAUGACGUGCAUUAAGCAGAGUGUUAAAUCUCUUUGUUCACAAGUUUCCUCGGUCUGUAAAAGAGUUUCAGAAUUCAUCGUCCUCAGCCCUGUUGCCUUCUUUUCUCCUCUCCUGUCUCAGCCAGUUCUGCUUCCGGUGUAACUGCCUGGUAUACCCCCCACUCUCCACAACGUGAAGUCUGCCCUCUUACUGCCUGCCUGCGCUGGCCCGUGCAUGGCAGGGAGUGUCUCAAGCCUUCUCUGUUAGGCUGCACUGUGUCAGGAAGCCUUGGCUCUAAACUCCUAACAAUUUCAUUCUUCCUAUUUUAGAAAUAAAAAUCUGAUGUCUGAGUUAAUUAAGCACUUGACCAAGGGCAAGGAGGAUGUGCCUUAAGCCUGAAUCCCCCCAAUUCUAAGCAUUCUUAUUCUCCACAGCACCCCUACACCAGCCGGUGAGGCACAGUGACCUCCCACUGGGGUCAGAUAUGUGAGGAUGCCAAACUGCAGCCAAACUUCAGAAUGUUUUGCUUCCUUGUGAUUUACCUAUAAAUUAACCUUAGCAAAUAAACUGCCAAGUCUCCAACCCAGCCAGAUCCAAGAGCAGGUAGAACACCGCUGGGAGAGGCUGGUGUCUAUCACACUAUCCGACGGCACUCCCUUUUUAGUGCCUGAAUGUUGUAAGGCUUGGCAAGAAGGGCAGUAAUAUCAAAUUAGGAGAGGAGCAUAGAAGAGAAUGCAGAAGAUGCCAGGCAUAGUGGUGCUUGCAAGCAAUCCCAGCACUUGGGAGGCUGAAGCAGGAGGGUCUUCAGUUUGAAGCAAACUUGGGCAAUGUAACAACAACCUGUGUAAAAGAAGUAAGAGGGAAGAGAAAGGGGGAGAGAGAGAGAGAGAGACAGAGACAG